UAGGGAUCUAGAUGACCUUCUAGGGCUGUAUAUAAUGCGUCUGUCUUCUAAGAUUAGUAUAGUUUGCACUUAGAAGGCAUACAAGCAGUUCUAGUGAGAAACCCUAACCAGCAAAAUGAUGAAAUUCCUCGUUAUCUUCGCUCUUUGCUGCCUGGCUCUUGCCACAGCUGCACCUCAGUUCAUCUGGCCCGGCUUCAACACUGUACCUAGGACUUUAGUUGCUGGUCCUACCGUUAUCAACGAUGCUUUCGGCGGACGCCUGGUCGCCCCUGGCUACGUUGGACCAUACUGGUAAACGCCGAGCUCCGAUAACGAAGUACCCCAUUGGUCGCUAAUUCACCCCUUACUUUUUUACCCUUUAUUCGAAUAAAGUGCUCAAUCUAA